AUGACGCUCGACGCGGCGGCCAUCGCACCAUCACCCUCGCUCAAAACCCCCACUUCUAAAUCAAGACAACCAUUAGACAUCGUCGACCUGACCCCCGAACAACGCUCGACCCUCACCCUACAGGUUCACCGCCAUACGCCGUCCGCACCGAUAUCGGAAAACGUCCUGACCACCUUCACGUCCGUCAUCAACGCCGCCUUCCACGAUGCAGAGCACGUCGUCAACUUUGGCGAUAAGCAGCGCUACCCCACGAACCAGCUGCUGCUCGACGAUCUCAACCAUGGCGAGGAGGGCGCAUGGGUGUUCCUCCUCGUCACUGCCGAGUGCACGGCCGUGGCGGGAGCCAAGAUCACUCUCAGCGGGGAGGGUAUGGAUGGCGGACCGGGUGUGCACACGCGUCCCAACCCGGACUAUUCGUCACCUCACGGCGCGGACCAGCUGAAAACGUUCUGGCUCGGCGCGCUAGGAUCCAUCUCCCCCGGCGUCGGUCGCAUGCUCAUCGACCACAUCAAGGCGUUUCUCUCGAAGCUCCAAGACGGAGCACCUUUCAGGAUACGCGCAUACACAGUGGCCCAGUGGGGCGUCGAUCCAGACUACUCAAUACCCCAGAACGCCUCCUUGCCCAGCUGGUUCAAGAGGCAAGGCUUCGAGGUGAUCGAUUACAGCUGGAAGCCGCCGGGCACAUGGCAGAGCUUCUACGGCGCUUGUCUGUGCGCCAUCGAGUACGUGCAUGCGCAUUCUGCUGCGGGCGGACAAGACAGCUAG